AUGGUAGAAAUCGUGGCGGAGGCAGCAGCUUUCCCGUCUCUGGGCCACGGGGACGGUGAUGUGCCCGGGACUCCCAUGGCCCUCUGGCGGUCCCUGGCUUUUACUCUGCCAGCCCUCCCGAGAGUGUUCCGCCAUGGCGACCGGGCCCCGCUGGCCUCCUAUCCCACUGACCCGCACAAGGAGGCUGUAUCUACCCUGUGGCCACGUGGCCUGGGCCAGCUGGCCGGGGAAGGGGUCCGCCAGCAGCUGGAGCUGGGCCGCUUCCUGAGGAGUCGCUACGAGGAUUUUCUGAGCCCCGAGUACCGGUGGGAGGAGGUGUACAUUCGCAGCACAGACUUUGACCGGACCCUGGAGAGCGCUCAGGCCAACCUAGCACCUAGUGGGCUGUUCCCUGAGGCCGCCCCAGGGCGCUCCGAGGCCACCUGGAGGCCCCCUGUGCACACGGUGCCCCUCCGUUUCCUCCAGCUGCUGAGGUUCCCUACACGCAGCUGUCCCCGAUACCAGGAGCUGCUGAGGGAGGCCACGGAGGCCGCCGAGUACCAGACCGCCCUAGAGGGUUGGACGGACUUCUUGACUCACCUGGAGAACUUCACGGGGCUGUCGCUGGUCGGGGAGCCGCUCCGCAGGGCGUGGAAAGUUCUGGACACUCUUAUUUGCCAGCAAGCCCGCGGUCUCCCGCUCCCAUCCUGGGCCUCUCCGGAUGUCCUGCAGACACUAGCUCAGAUCUCGGCUUUGGAUACUGGGGCACACGUGGGCCCCCCCGGGGCAGCAGAGAAGGCCCAGCUGUCUGGAGGAAUCCUGCUGGAUGCCAUCCUUGCCGACUUCUCUCGGGUGCAGCACUUGGGGCUGCCCCUCAAGAUGGUUAUGUAUUCGGCUCGCGACAGCGCUCUCCUGGCCCUCCAGGGGGCCCUGGGUCUCUAUGACGGGCACACACCGCCUUAUGCCGCCUGCCUCGGCUUUGAGUUCCGGAGGCGCCUUGGGGACCCGGAUGACGACGCAGGGGAUGUCACCAUCUCCCUCUUCUACCGCAACGACUCUGCCGGCUUACCCUUGACCCUCAGCCUCCCCGGGUGCCCGGAGGCCUGCCCCUUAGGCCGCUUCCGCCAGCUGACUUCCCCUGCCCGGCCUCCGGCUCGCGGGAUCCCCUGCCACGGCUUCCACGAGCCCGCCACCCCCGCAGCCACCGUGGCGCCCCUCCUGGCUGGGGCUGGGGCCGUGCUGGCAGCCCUUAGCAUGGGGCCGGGCUUGCUGGCCUGCAGAGCCGGCUGCCUGCGGGCCUGGGGGGGCCCCGUGUGA